AUGCCAAUCCAAGUGCUCCCGGCAGAAGAUGCCGACAUGACCAGAGUCUUUGAGAUUGCGAGUCGGGCUUUUGCCGUGACGAAAGAUAAAGUCUGGCCGGUACUAUGGCCUGAAGGCAGCGAUGUGGAAGCAGGUGGCGCACGCAUGACCAAGACCAAGAACUCCGAUCCCAACACGACAUAUAUCAAAGCAGUCGACGAUGAAACAGGCGAGAUUCUGGGAAUGGCGAAAUGGAACAUCUGGACGAAGGAAAACAUUGCUCUCAGCGACAAAGCAGAAGGCUUGAUGGGAGAAUAUUCCAGCGCCGAGGAUAGAGAAUUUGCCAAAGCCUUGAUCCCAAGAUUCGUUGCUGACCGCAAUGAAGCAAAAGUUCGCACUUCAGGAAAUCUUGUGUCCCUCGACAUCCUCACUGUCGAUCCAGCACAUCAGAGAAAGAAAGUCGGUGACGCUCUUGUACGGUGGGGAACUCAACGUGCCGAUGAGUUGGGUUUCGAGGCGGUCGUUGAAAGUAGUCCCUUUGGAAAGGGUUUGUAUGAGAAGCAUGGAUUCGUGUGGGUCAAGGAUGUGGUUGUCGAGGCGCCAGAGUUUCCAGAGAGGCAGAAGGGGUGGUAUGCUUGGUUGGUGAGACCUAAGCAGAACGUCGCCCAGUAG